ACUGCAAGCGAAGGAGGCAAGUGGGGCGGCUCCUCCCCUUUUCUCCCAGGUUGGGAAGGCUGCCAGGACUGCUUCCCACGACUGGGUCCGGUCUGGUCUCAACAGCCUGGUCUGGGGGAGUCACUCCAGAUGACAUCCACUGUCCCGGAACUCUGCCAAGAGGGGGGGUGGGUCAGGCGAACCAGUUUAGGGAGCCCCCGCCCUUCCCUGCUGCUCAGCGUCACGCGUGACGUCCGGGUGAUGGCUGGGAGGAAAGCGGAGAGCUGUGAGGAAGGCGGGUCUGAGACCUGCUAGAGGCUGUAAAUCCCCGGAAAGCAAGAUGGGCGACUUGCCCUUAAAUAUCAACAUCCAGGAACCUCGAUGGGACCAAAGCACAUUCCUAGGCAGAGCCCGGCACUUCUUCACAGUUACUGAUCCCCGAAAUCUCCUGCUGUCCGGGAAACAGUUGGAAGCUUCUCGGAACAUCGUGCAGAAUUACAGGGCUGGUGUGGUAACUCCAGGGCUCACUGAGGACCAGCUAUGGAGAGCCAAAUACGUGUAUGACUCAGCAUUCCACCCGGACACAGGGGAGAAGGUGGUCUUGAUUGGUCGCAUGUCGGCCCAGGUGCCCAUGAACAUGACCAUUACUGGCUGCAUGCUCACCUUCUACAGGAAGACUCCGACUGUGGUGUUCUGGCAGUGGGUGAAUCAGUCCUUCAAUGCUAUUGUGAAUUACUCUAAUCGCAGUGGGGAUGCUCCCAUCACUGUGCAGCAGCUGGGAACGGCCUAUGUGAGUGCCACCACUGGGGCUGUGGCUACUGCUCUGGGACUCAAGUCUCUCACCAAGCACCUACCCCCACUAGUGGGUCGGUUCGUACCCUUUGCAGCUGUGGCUGCUGCCAACUGCAUCAACAUCCCCCUGAUGAGGCAGAGGGAGCUGCAGGUGGGCAUCCCAGUGACUGAUGAAGCUGGUCAGAGGCUUGGCCACUCGGUGACUGCUGCCAAACAGGGCAUCUUCCAGGUGGUGGUAUCGAGAAUCGGCAUGGCGAUCCCCGCCAUGGCCAUUCCCCCGGUGAUCAUGAACACUCUGGAGAAGAAAGACUUCCUCAAGCGCCGCCCCUGGCUGGGGGCCCCCCUGCAGGUGGGACUGGUAGGCUUCUGCUUGGUAUUUGCCACACCUCUGUGCUGCGCUCUGUUCCCCCAGAGAAGCUCCAUACAUGUGACCAGGCUGGAGCCCGAGCUGAGAGCUCAGAUCCAAGCACAAAACCCCAGCAUCGAUGUGGUUUACUACAACAAGGGGCUUUGAGGGGAAUCGGCCUCUGUCCCUGUCCUUACCUCCUUAGGCUGCUUCUUUGGUGCCACUUCUCAAUGCUACCACCUGUUUAUCUUCCGGGUACUGGGCAGGGGGGGCUUGAUGUGGGGAGCAGCCACUGAGACCAGCAACCUUAGACUGGGGGAGGCGCCCCUAUAAGCCUCUCCUCUCCUCUCUGGUUUCAAAGAGCAAGUCACAAAACGCAUCCCUCCUGUGUCUGUGUGCGUGCGUGCAGACAUACCUAGGCAGCGCAUGGAACUGUUCGUUCAUUUGCUCCUGGAUGCUAAGGCAGAAAUGCUGUUCUAGGAUGUCCUGAUGUUUGUCUUCUCUCUCGGUCUCCUGCCCACCUCACCGCAAGCCAGGUGAUAGGCGAGAAUCCUUUCCCUAAGCUAUUCCUCUGACCAAGUCAUUUCUGAUAGCAUCUUAGCCUUCUGACCCCGAGAUAAGCGCCAGGAUCCCAGAACACGGACUGAAGGACAUCUGCAGAGCUUAACCCUUCCGGUUUUGAAUAGCUGGCUCUGAGAGCUGGUUCAGGACCUUGGCUGGCAGAGGAAGCAGGGUGGGGUCAGGGAGGCAGGGGGCUCAUACUUGCUGGACUCCACAUCCUGGGAUGGCUCCACUCCUCUCUUCUCUUCCUAUGGAACAUGGGGAUGUCUCUGUAGCCUGCAGUGCCCCUACCCUGCUUUUAGAGAUAGUCUUGGGCAUUCUUGGUCUGUUCUGAUGACUCAUGUCAUGACUCAGAAAGAAGUCCCACAAUCCCAAUUCCUUCCCCAAUUAGAAAGCCACACAGGCAGAGCAAGCAUUCCCUUCAGGAACUGCCACCCCCUGUACCCACUUAUAGGGGGACCGGUGUGGGAACGGUGCUUAAACACAGGCCUCAAGCGUACAAUAUCAAGACAGGUAAUUCUGUGUUUCAUUGACUCUUCUUAGACACACCCACCUCAGCUCCUUCCUUUCUAUCUACCCCACCUCUGAAAGAACCCAGGGCUUCACAAUGCUAGGCAAGUGCUCUACCACUGAGCUACAUCCCCAGUGCCCCCUCUUCCUUCCUUCCUGUCUCUGGCUUUCUUUUUUGUUUUUGUUUUUCAAAUAUGGUUUCUCUGUGUAGCCCUGGCUGUCCUGGAACUCAGAGAUCUGAUUGCCUAAGACAGUGAGUUCUGGGAUUAAAGGCAUAUACCACCAUUGCCAGCAGCCCUUCUCGUUCCUAAGACAUGGAUGGCCCUGUGCUCCCUCUGCCCUUCGAAAAGAGGAGGGACUCAGGCCUUCAUAGCUGGACCAAAUGGAAGAUGGGUUUAGGAAUGGCAUGGGUGGUAGUGACUCCAGGGUGUAGAAUUAUAUCUCCACUCUAAAUCCAUGACCUCUAGCUAAAAGGUGAAUGGGGUCCCCAGUGACAUCCACGGAGACCACUUUCACUCACCCCCUCCUCCAGUGACAAUAGGUGUCAUGUCAUGGUGUCAAUAAACUGCAGUCCUGUCUCGUU